CUAGCUAACUAUAGAUCAAGCGUUCCUACGCUGAUGAUCCACCAAAACCUCGACGUUCAACGUUCAACGUCGAUCCGCAACAUCGCCAGAUCCCGCACCAUGCGGCCACUAGCCCUGUGCCUGCCUUUCGUGGGCAUCGCCGCGUGCUCUGCGAUCGCUGCCUCCGCCGUCGACAUUCCACUACACUGCGCCGGCCGCAGAGCCGAGAGAGAGGAGAAGUGCCAAGAUCCUCUCGACACAGUCACUUCGGUCGUAUCAGGCUCGUUCUACAUUGCGAAGCUCCCCUGUUUGGAUUGCCCCGUAGGUCGCUUGAGCGAUGGCAAGAAAGAGCUUCUUCACAGAGAAAAUGAACUGCUGUUCAAUGUCUCCCUAUCAGACGACAGUCGCAGGCUGUAUCUCAACGACAAACCCAUCUUCCCGAUCUUAUCCACAACUCCUACUCCGCCCACCAUACUUACCCCGCAAAUAAAUCCCAACUUUACCCAGACCGAUCUCGACAAUUGGAUAAAAUGCACACUCGAUGGUUGUGAUGGGAACCACUGCUCCUGCAUGAACUCGUUUGCUUCGGAUACGUACCUCUCCGAGGUCCACCUAGAUUACGAUUACUAUUCGCACCGCUUGGAACCGCUCAAGGAAGACGUAGAGCAAUGGGAGGUCACGUUCGAUGCCAUCGGGGGUCGUGAUAUCCUACCGAAUGAUUCGAUCUGGAGGGCAAACGAUACCAAGCAGAACAUGUUGCGGAUUGUUGUGCAAGGCAAGGAAUUGAAAGACGACAACCGAAACCCACAAAACUCGGCCGGAGGUGGCAGUCUGUUCGAAACACCCGAUCAACCAACCUCGAUAGUAUACGAAUACAGCAUCACCAGCGUGGAGCUUUCAGAACGAUCGUAUCGAUUCGACACACCCAAAGGGUCGGGGUUUUUUGGUGGGUUUCGUCGCUAUUUUGGUCUUGAUGUUGUUCGCUCCGAUGGUCACAUAGUGUACCUGCAAGAAGAAUGGGCCUUAUAUGGCAAAGAAGGAAGUUUUCGCAGCCAGUUCGGCUAUUUCGUUCAUGAGUGGCCAUGGGCUGCCAUCUUCAUCACUAUCGGGAGCAUAUUAGGUGGCCUGAUCGCAUUAUGGCUGGCCUAUAAGUUGUUCAUUCUAGCCAAGCAGCAGCACGAGCUUGCAACAUGGGAUGGCAUAGACACCGUAUGGGCGAAUCUGCGACGCGAUCCAGACGACAGAGACGAGGAGGACGCCCUGCUUAAUGGAAGUGGUUACAGAGAUAUAGCAUACAAUGGGGGCGAAGGCAGCGGGCGAUACAGGGACGAGUCUGAUGACGAAGAAGGAUCCUUUCGAUAUACAGACGAAGAAAUCACCAACAAGCCACUACCAAUCAAGCCGUUACCGGAAAAACCACUGCCUGCGGUGCCGCUCAUCGACACGUAA